GUUCUGCAGCUCAUUAAAAUAAAAUCUUCAGACUGAUAACCCCUUUUGCUUUUUCUCCUUCUCUAUCACCCUCUGAUAAGCUCUCUGCAACUGGUUACACAUUUACCAUGUCUGCGAUGGACCCGGAGGACAAGUAUCCCUCGUCGAAUGUGAGGGUCGCAACUGGAAGUGAUGAAUCUUCCAAACAGUCCAAGAAGGAUGAUCAUGGAAUCGUUCUUAUUCCUCAACCGACCGAUGACCCGGAAGAUCCAUUAAACUGGCCCCUCCCCAAGAAGAUUCUCAUCUUCGCCUGUAUCUGCUUGGCCGGUUUCGCGGGUCAGAUGUCGCCCAAUUCGAACCAGCUCACCUUCGUUUACCAAAUCCCAGCAUACCACAAGACUCAAACCGACCUCCUCAACUCAGUCGCAGCAGGGCUGGCAGGAUGGGUCGCAGGCCCAUUCUUUAUUGUCCCUCUUGUGGCCGUGGUCGGUCGCAGCUCGGUAGUGCUCUGGAGUCUGGUGGCCAUCUUUGUCUGUCAGAUCUGGGCUGCCGAGAUGACGGGUCCGAAUGACUACAUUUCAUUCACCAUCUCCCGACUCUUCUGUGGUAUGUUCGGCGGUAUCCCUGCUAUUCUGGGUAGCGGCUACAUUAUGGAUAUGUUCUUUCUCCACCAGCGGGGUAAGGCAUUUGCCAUCUUCGAAGUCCUUAUCAUCUUUGCUGUAGUCGGUGGCGGUACACUAGGCGGUUUCAUUGCGGAGCAUAAGCCUUGGAACUAUGUUUUUUGGUGGACUUUAGGCCCUGUUGGCGCUGCCAUUCUCGCUGUGUUCUUCUUCGUUGAGGAUACCACUUUCCUUAGGGACCCUUCAAUGCCAAAACGCGCUGCCCUUCCAAAGGGCUGGCUUGCAAAUCGCAUCGCCACCUAUUUACCGGGGUCGAGAACGCAGCCCUCAGGCAAGGGUAAAGAGUUUGUCCGAAAAGCAAUCAUCCCCCUCCAGAUCACCUUCACCCCCAUCACCCUCCUAACAGGAACCUACAUUUUCAUCGCCCUCGGCCUCCCCAUCAUGCAAGCCUCCACACUCGCCACCUACCUGGAGCCCCCAGAGGAAGCAGGCGGCUACGGCUUCUCCUCCCUCCAAAUGGCCUUCUUCACCAUGACAGCCUGGGUAGGAAUCAUCAGCGCCCAAGUCUACGGCUUCUUCUUCAACGACAAGACGCCCCUCUGGCUUGCCCGUCGCCGCGGCGGAACCUGGCACACAGAGUACCGGCUCUCCAACACGAUCCUACCCAGCAUCAUCCUCCCCAUCGGACUGGGCAUCUACGGCGCCGGUCUUGAAUACCACCUACAUUUCAUGGUUCUAGCUCUGGGCUCAUUCCUAGUCUGGUUCGGCGCUAUGCUCGCUCUCCCCGUCUGUUAUAAUUAUAUCAUAGAGUGCUUCCUGAAUAAUCCCGUCGAGGCAUCGGUGUCGCUGAACGCAUACCGGGUCUCGUUCGGACUGAUGUCCGUGUUCAUCGUCACGCAGUGGCAGUCUUCUGUGGGUGUAGGCUGGAUGUGGGGCAUGGGGGCGUUUCUGAUUAUUUUUGUCGAUCUUAUUAUGGCGGGGAUUAUUCUGAAGGGCCAUUUGGUUAGGAAGUGGACUUCGACGUUGAGUAGUUCCUUGGAUGUUACGGAGGAUGGGGAAAAUAUUAGUGCGAAGAAGGUGGAUGGGGUAUGAGAUUUGAUGGCUCUGAAUUCUCUUGGGGGAUUAUAUUGAUGGGACUGUCCAAAAGUUCUUGUAAUUUUAGAUAGAUCAUAGAUUAGUUGUUUCAUGGGGAGAUUAUAUAGCCUAAAGUGGUGUCAAGGUGGUUUUGUUCGAGCUCUUUCGCAUAGUAUUCUUAUUACCUUCCAACCAUGUUCGUGUUCC